AGCAAACAAAACCAUGAAGAACUUUCAUAAACUGAAUUAUUUCAAUAGCGACAAUCGUAGAACAAUCGUCGCAGUCACUAAAUACCUUUAGAGCUUACCUGUCCAUUUAUAAUAAGUGUCAAUUUUCAAACUUACAAUUCAUGUUUACAUAAUUACGUGUUGCGGUUUUGUAUGUAAUCGUUCUUGGUGUAUUCGUUAUGUUAUUGCCAAAUGUCCUUGAAUUUUAUUCAGUUUAUAGCGAAAAAGGAGAUUUCUUAAAACCAAUUGUAAAUAUAAGAUGUGAUGGCUACAGAAACUCAAACAGCAAUUCCUUCUCAUCAUGCCCGUAGGCCCAUGAAUGCUUUUUUAAUAUUUUGCAAACGGCAUAGAAAUGUUGUUAAGGAACGAUACCCAAAUUUGGAAAACAGAUGCAUCACUAAAAUUCUUGGAGAAUGGUGGGCUGGAUUAGAAAGCAAUGAAAAAUUUGCUUACACAAAUCUUGCAAAACAGUAUAAAGAUGCCUUUUUCAAUGCAAAUCCAGAUUUUAAGUGGUAUAAAUUACCAGCUCCAUCACUUCGUUUAAUAUCAAUUCAACCAGAAAAUGUGAAGAAUGAAGAAUUAUUUGUUAAUAAAGCAUCGGAUACUAUUAACAAUGCAUCAAAUACCAUUACAUCAGAAACACCAUCAUUGGGUAGACAGGAUCAAAAUAAAUGGGAUCAAAAUUUUUCUCACGGCAUUAAAUUAGAAGAUCCACACCGCAUAAACAAUAUAUUUUCUCCAGGAAAAUUAGCUGAUGAAAACCAGUUAGGAAACUUGAGAAAAUUAUUUGAUACCAGUUGCAAUAACAAUAAUGAAAAUGAUAAUCAAUAUGUGUUGGAAAGAACUGGGGGUGAUUAUGCAGAAUUUCAGAACAAUAAUAAUAGUUUUACUGAAAAGAGUGAUUUACAUAAAAAUAAUGUUAAGGAAUUAGAACACGCUUUACAAGAAGCAAACACAUUCAUAAUGAAUGUUUUUGAAGAACAAAAAGUUUUGGAUAAUAAUCAUUCUUAUAUAUACAAUGGACCAAAGAUUAGUUUUAACGAAAUAAGUGUCAAAGCUUCCGAACCAAGUCAUAAAACUAAACUAAAGAAAGAUUUAAAUAUAGGACGAGAUUACAAACCAAAGCAAAAAUUUGAUUCUUUUCCAAAUAGUCAAACAAACCUGAGCUACGAAACUUGUGAUUUAUAUUUUCCCAAAAAGUCAUCUAGAUCAUGCAAAGGAAAGAGGUAUGAAGAAUUUAAGAAUAAGGGACUUAUUAAUACAAAAUCAAAACCUACAACAAUGAACAAAACCAGUAUUUCACUAUCGAAUACUUCUGAAGAGGCUGAUAAAUUAUAUUAUGAUGCUAAAAGUUUUGUCGAUAGUAAUGAAGUAGUUGAUGCAGAUAACGAUCGAAAUGAAUUGAAAUCGAAUGACCAAAAUGAUAUAUUAAAAUAUUGUGAUGAUGAUAAAAUGUGUGCCUAUAUUGAAGAAGAUAAUGCAUUACUAUCUAAGGGUAAAUUUUUUCACCCUUCUGAUUUUGAUUUAGAUGGCAAGAUCAAUGCCUUACCUUUAUUGAAUUUGGAUGAAUUUUUAAUUAAGAAAAAAGAGAAUAAAAACACGAGGAAACAAAUAAAGAAACAUAUUGUUAAACAAAAAUUAGAUGAAGGUGAUAAUAAAAUUAUUAAUUCGAAUGUUAUACCAAGGGAUACUUUUAAUGACACAUCACAGAUCAACAAGACGGAGAUUGCUGUUGGAAGUAGAAAACGUAAAGCAGUCAAACAAAGAAUAACACAUUUAGAAUUUAGUGAUCCUAGCUCUUAUGAUAUAAAAUACAAAAAUAUGGCCUUCCAAGAAAGAACUUAUCUAUCGGACCUUUCUACAUUAGCUGAGGUAGCAGCGAAGAGUUCUAAAAUUUCUACUAAUAAUUGACCAUAAUUUUAAUAGAUAUUUAUAUGAAGAGAUAUUUUGUUAUAGGCUAAAAGCCUUAUAUAUUCUAUAUUUAGAUUUAUUGUA